AUGAGUCAUCCUCGUCGAUUUAGCUUCGCUGGCGCGAUACCGGAUAAAAACUUACGCACCCAACCUUCACGUGUGCCUUUAAAGCAUCCAUCGGUUACUCGCGCUUGUAUGAUGACAGAAGAAGUUUUACAGCAGUCAUCGCCGAAAUCUAAGGGGGUGUCCUUUGGUCCCGCUUUAAGCCCCGAACAGUUCGAUGAAGGUUUACCACCUUCUACCCCAUUAAAGAAAGGUGGUAUCCCUGUUACUAUUUUGACGACUCCGAAGUUUGCGUCAAACACUAAACCUACCCAAGCUUCCGAUUCCGAGUCUUAUGUACUUCUUAAUGCACUCUCCGACGUCCGCUCAGUCAGUCCACCCGUGGCUGCAGCAGGCACCCCCGUAGAAUAUCGGCAGUUGUUUCUGUGCCUCCGACACCGGAUUCAAAUCUACUUGAUUCAUCUGUUGAAUCCCCAACACCCUGUUCAUCUCCAGUGCAGAAAGUCACUGGUCGUCAUUCGGCCCCGAUUCUUGCAACAACUUCGGUGCAUUCAUCCAAGAAAAAUUUCAUGA